UCUGCUGGACUUCCCUGCCCUACAGCCUCACUUGAGCUAUCCAUGGUAAAACCUUGUGAACGUUUCCAUCCGCCGCGUCGCCAGGUCGGUACUUGUCUCCGCAGUCGAUCUUGCUUCGUCUCCGCGUGCUUCCACCGUUAGCUUGCGCACGCAAUCACUCCGUGCGAUCCGUCUCGCGGCCUUGCAUCAACGCUCCACGCCGAGCAGAAUAAUAUCCGAUCCUUCGACUCCAUUGCCAACAGCGAUCGCGAUCAGCGUCAGAACAGUUUUUUCUUCUUAUUUUUUCGAGGCGAUAAAAAAAUCUAGCGACUAGCGUGGCAAACGCGGCAGCAGCAUCAGCGCGAAUGGCGCAAGCUCCGCAGGGGCUGGGGGGAGGUGGGCGCGCGGAUCUACGCGUUGCGGAGACUGCCUUCCGCAAUAACAUCCCCCCAGGAUCAGGAUCGCAGGGGGCGCAAGGAUCCUUCACGCCAUAUUCUGCAUUGCUCUCCUCCGAAAUGCGUCCCGCCGCCCCCCGUGGGCGGGGUGCAUCCGCGGCUGCUACUACCGCUGAUGGCACAGGUCGCCGCGGUCGCGGGCGCGGAAGGGGUCGGGGGCGGGGGAGGCCAGCUUGGGGGGAAGCGCAUAAGCCCGCAUGGGCGGACACAGUAACGCCCGCGUGGGUAGAUAAUGCCACGAAGUCUGUCUCUGCAUCCACCGCCGUCCGAUCAGGCCCAUCUCGUGCCGUACCAUCUGCUCCCAUGGGGUCGGAUGCACCGUCCGAUGCGUCGAAUCGUGACGCCGAUGGUUCAAUCUCAGCCGCAGAUGUGGAAUCAAAGGGUCCGUUACCACCGGGUAGCGGGCAAGUGACCCUUAACCUACGCGCGUUUAAUCUCUUCGCCGCUAAGAUCCGGCCUGCCGUGCGGAGGGAUAAUCCGCAUUUGUCGGUGUGUGAGACGGAGCGCGCCAUCGGCAUGCGUUGGAACGCGCUGGCGGCCUCCGCGCGCCAGGAGUAUUUAAACGCUGCGCGCGCGGGAGUGCCCGCGUUGGGCGCGAACCCCGCCGCAGCAGCACCGGCGGCGGCGCAGGGAGGGGAGCUGCUAGAUGCGCAUGCGCGCCAGACGCGGCGGCGGCGCAAGCGCGCGGAGAUAGAGGCGGAGAUCGAAGCGGAGAACCUUCUGAAGCAGCAGCAGAUAGCCGCGCGGUACGGCAUUGGCGCAGGGCUAGGCAUGGGGCUAGGCGCAAGCCGGGCGCACAGCAACCCGUGGGGGGGGCAUGGGGGGAACUCCGCCGCGGAUGCCUCCGCAAUGUUUCCCCGCGUAAGGGGGCAUGGCCGGGAUUUGGAGCGGAGUGGCAGCGGCACGAGCAGCAGCACCGCAGACGAGGGGGAGUUCGCGCCUAGCGUGAGCUUUGGCGGGUUAUUGACAGGGGGGGAAGGGGGAGAGGGGCAAUCAGGCGGGACUGUACGGCUGGGCCAGUCGGUGCGGGGGAUGGUGGAUGGCGUGUUUGAGGCGGGUUUCUUUGUGUCCUUGCGCGUGGAGGGGUGCAGUGCGGUGCUGCGCGGUGUGGUGUUCACUCCAGCGCCCGCUGUGCCUGUGACCUCGCUGAAUGAUGUUGCUGCUGGUGUGCCGCAUGUGGGGGGUGCAACAGCGGCUGAGGGGGAGAGGGAGCAGGGUUCUCAGCUUGGGCCGGUGGAAGGGGCAGCAGAAGCCCCCACACAGCAGGAGGGGAUGGCGGCUGCUGUAACUUCGGAAGCUGCAGCAUCAGAAGCGCUAGCAGCAGCAGCAGCAGUGGCAGAAGCAGAAGCAGCAGCGGCGGAAAAAGCAGAAGCAGCAGCAGGAGCAGUAACAGAAGCAACAGCAGCAGAGGAUGCAGCAGCUGCUGCAGCAGCGGCGGCGUUAGCAGGGCAGGCCAUGGCGGUGUCUGGUGAAGCAGCCAUGCCGGAAUCAGGUACAGCGAUUGCACCCAUGCACAUGGUUCACGGCAUGGGCUCUGAAGUGGAUGCAAUGCACCAUGAGGUGGUUCAGCACACAGUGGAUGUUGCGGCAGACACGCAUGGCUACGUUGUUGCCUCUGCAAUGCAUGUGACUGGCAACGACACAGCAGCAGCUGAUCUAAACCACGCUGUAGCUGCUGGCCACAGUAUGCACCCGAUGCAUGAUGCUGGAGCAUCAGUGGAGGGCAGUGUACCAUCACAGGACAUGGUUGGGACGAUAUCUGCAGCACAAGACAUGUGGCAUGCUAGUCACCACCACCAUGCGCAGGCGCUGGCUAGGGUGACAGCAGAGGGUGUUCCUACGUCGAGUGGUGUGGUGCAUGGUGGUGCAUUUCACGUGGUGGAUCACACAAACCCUAGUGCUGCAGCUGCACACUUCACCUUUGCGUCACAGCACUUGGAGGAUCUGCUAACAGCCAGCCAAGACAGUGCAUCCCAGGUACCCAUGAAUUUGCAACCUGGAACCUUUUAGCUGUGUUGUACGUUUUCCCUCACUGACACCUGGUGUUCCUAGUGAGGUACUUAGCCCGUGGCUGCAAAACUUCCCGUUUCUGACAUGUCAAUGGAGUUUUUUUUUUUUGCUAGGAAUGAGAUGGGUUGUCAGAGUUUUAGAACAUGCGUAUUGGUUCCAUUCCUGGUAUUGAUUUCUGAUGAGUUGGGUAC